GCGCUGAGCUGCUGUCCUGGGCGUGGAUUGGGUCGCGGGGUUGUGACGUCAUCGGGAGGCGUGACCAGCACUGAUAAAGGCGAGGGGCCAGCUAGGUGGCUGCAGUGAGUGCCACCGCAGCUAGAUCUCCAGUUGGUCAGCGGGAGGCGGGGUUUGGCUGUUCCGUCUACUUCACCGCAGCAUCGCCCAGCCGGGUGUCUCGCCGCAUUCUCGGGAGAGGAUAGAGACCCGACUCCCUCUGAAAAAAUGUCUGCACCAGCUCAGCCACCCGCUGAAGGGACAGAAGGUACUGCCCCAGGUGGGGGUCCCCCUGGUCCUCCUCCUAAUACAACCAGUAACAGACGAUUACAGCAAACCCAAGCACAAGUGGAAGAGGUGGUGGAUAUCAUACGUGUGAAUGUGGACAAGGUCCUGGAGAGGGACCAGAAGCUAUCAGAGCUGGAUGACCGUGCUGAUGCCUUGCAGGCGGGAGCAUCACAAUUUGAAAGCAGUGCUGCCAAGCUAAAGAGGAAGUAUUGGUGGAAAAACUGCAAGAUGAUGAUCAUGUUGGGAGCUAUCUGUGCCAUCAUCGUGGUAGUUAUUGUAAGAAAGGUUGAGGCCACUCUGGGCUGGGUCUUGAUGGCCCCUCUCCACGCAGCAGCAUUUCAUUGUGCAGAACCAUCCUUCCUUUUCCUUCACCCCUGUUUCCCAAACCCGCUUCGUCCUGCCCCAGGGCAGGACUGAAGAGCUGGAAGAAAGCAAUCAGUGUACCCUCCCAACGGUCCCCCUCGAAGGUCUCCACUCUCCUCUGGGCUCCUCUUUGCCUAAUGCAGGGGGUCACCGCUGGAGAAGAACCACCACUGUCCUCGAUGUGUCCCAAGCCUGGAGCAAAUCCACCCUCUUGGCCCACCCAGCCCUAUCACAGGAAUUACUUUCUGGGUUUCUGUCCCUCUGAGGCUUAACAGUCACAGUUGGCUUUGUCCUUUUGGGUGGUCAGUCCUUCUACUUUCUUUCUCACCCCAUCUGUGUCCUCUUCUGUGUCCGUGCUAUUCUCCUUUCCUCUCACCACCCUGUGCAUGAGCAAAUGUGCAACUAGCCCCGGGACUGUGUAGUCCAGUGAAGCCAAGCUUCCCACAUCCCCUCCUUCAGUUUGCCGUGAGAUGAUGUGGGUUUCCACUGUGUGUCUGUCAUCAUCUCUUUGUCUUUUUUUCCUAACCCCAAUCUCAUACUUGUAUGGAGUAAUAACAGUUGUACUUCCACCAAAGGCAUGUGGCAUAUUUACCAAUUUCAUGUAUUCCAAACAAAGGCAAAGAAUACAAAUUCCUAC